ACUUGAGGAAUGCUUUUGAAAUUCGCACCAUGACGACGGUUUCGGUGUAUGGGUGCUGCAUCUCUUCUAUUUCUCUUGCUAGUAAGACUCCUUUGAAGAAAGCAACACUCACCCCUUCUAUCUUCUCUAGACUCACCUCUUCUUCUUCUUCUUCUUCUGCUUCUUCUUCUUCUUCUCCCAACUUUCCUCGCCUUAUUAGAAACAAACCUGUCUUUGCUGCACCUGCUCCCAUCUUGACGCCUACAGUGGGAGAAGAAAUGGGAAAAGAUUCGUACGAAGAGGCGAUUGCGGCGCUGCAGAAGCUUCUCAGCGAGAAAUCGGAGCUUGGACCGGUGGCAGCGAUGAAAAUCGACCAGAUAAGGAGCGAGCUGCAGUUGCCGCCGCCCGGUAUAAGCCCGGUCGAGAGGAUGAAAAUUGGGUUCGAUUAUUUCAAGAAGGAGAAAUACGACACAAGUCCUGCGUUGUUCGGUGAACUUGCCAAAGGCCAGAGUCCUAAGUUUAUGGUGUUCGCGUGCGCGGAUUCGCGCGUGUGCCCAUCACAUGUCCUGAAUUUUCAGCCAGGAGAGGCCUUCACGAUCCGAAACAUCGCCAACAUGGUCCCACCAUUCGACCCGGUUAAAUAUUCCGGGGUUGGGGCUGCGAUUGAAUAUGCAGUGUUGCAUCUCAAGGUAGAGAAUAUUGUAGUGAUCGGACACAGCUGCUGUGGUGGGAUCAAAGGGCUCAUGUCUCUCGCGGACGAUGGGUCCACCAGCACUCAAUUCAUAGAAGAUUGGGUAAAAAUCUGUUUACCAGCGAAGGAGAAGGUGAAAGCAGCGCAUGCCAGUAAGCCUUUUGCUGAUCAGUGCACAGAGUGCGAAAAGGAGGCGGUGAACGUGUCACUGGGGAACCUGCUAACGUACCCGUUCGUUAGAGACGGGCUGGCGAAUAAGACCCUCGAAUUGCUUGGCGGGCACUACGAUUUUGUCACCGGAAGCUACGAGUCGUGGGGUAUUAACUUUGGCUUCACACCGUCCAUCAAGAUAUAAGCAUUUUCGGGUGGGCCCACGUUGAUAACCCAUCGAUCCUGACUAAUCCUCUCCAUAUUAUGAUGAUGUACGGUGUAGAUCCUUUGAUGGAUGAUGAUAUUCAUAACAAUAAAAUAUAGAGAGCAUCUCUCUUUUAUUA